CGCCCAGAUGUCCUUCAUUUUGUGCUCAGGGACUUGUGCAUCACUCGCAUUUGCCUUUCCUCCGUCUAGUGGUUGAAUUUCCAGGCAGGACAUGGGUUCCCGGACUGUGGUGAUGUACAUGGAGAUCGGCUGCUUUGUGGUCUGUGUGUGCGGAUGGGUCCUGGUCUGCUCCACGUUGCCCAUAGAGAUCUGGACUUAUUCUGAAGUGGAGAGCUCAGUCUUGACCAGCGAGCACUUCUUCUCCAACCUGUGGAAGGACUGCGUGACGGAUUCCACGGGAAUGACCGACUGCAAAAAGAUCCCAUCGCUGCUCGCGCUCAGCUGGGGCACCCACAUGGUCCGGGCUCUCGUCAUCACCUCUGUUAUCCUGGCUUUCUUCGGAUCGGUUCUGGUGCUGGUGGGAAUGAAGUGCACAAAGAUCGGGGGAUCCGAGAGGGCUAAUGCUAGAGUGACUUUUGCUGGGGGCAUGAACUACUUAAUUGGAGGGUUGUGCUCUAUGACUGCUUUCUCCUUUUAUGGAAAUACAAUUAGAGCACAAUUUCAAGACCCUUUCUACAAAGCCCAGAAGUUUGAAAUAGGCGUUGGAGUCUUUUUGGGCUGGGGCGGCUCCACCUUACUGAUUGUCGGAGGUCUUAUUUACAGCAUCUUUGCUGGGAGGGAAGGUUGCCAGUCACGUUCAAAACGCUCUGAACCCAUUUACCAGUUGCCCGGUGCCUACCAAGUCGUCCCAGCAUUCACAAACAAAAGCAUUGUGUCUUCAGUUCGCUCUGACGCCAGUGAGAGCGGAUCGUCCAGAACCAGCGGAUCAUCCAGAACCACCAGACUCAGCAAAGACAGCAGUCUUUAUGAGACGAGGGACAACAUUGAGAGGACAGCUACGAAUGCAUAUGUGUGACUUGUCUUCUGAUGUGAAAAAUAUUUUUAUUAAUAAAUAAUAUAAAAUGUGUGUAUUAGUUCGAAAUAAUGCUUUGUAAAAACAUUAUAAUUUCUGUUAAUAUUAGAGAGUUAACUGUGCAGUACAGUACAAAGACAUAGAUGUUUAGUAUUAGUAAG